GAUGGUGAGCCACCGGUGAAUCUCCGCAUAGACAUAUUAUGGAUGCUUCUCGAGGCUGACAGAGAGAAGUGUGACACAGACUCCUAUCGACCCGACUCGCGUAAGACAAGGUGCCAUCAUGGAAAUCCAACGGUCCCUUCAGUGGUGCAAGGGCAAAAGUCAUUAGUGAAGAAUACUGGUCGGGUGACAUCCCGAUCCCGCUCCUCUCCCCUUCUCACUUGCUGGCUGAGGGGACUCGCAUCAACCCUCGGUGCUCUUGGUCUACAAAGCCCUACAGAGGAUGCAGACUCUGGGAUUACCACAUACGCUGCUCUCAUGAUCGCCUUUCCCAUACUGGCAACGUCAGCCACCAAGCUGACGACGACAACAGUGGCCACAACAGCACCUCCUACAGCAUAUGUUCAAGUUUUUGAGGCAAAUGCCGUGUUUUACAGCAGUAUAUUCAGUUUUCUGGCUGGAAGCAUCGUGGAUGUGGAUACUGUGAUGGACCGGACUACCAUCGGGACCAACUGUAUCCAUAGCCUGGUCGUUAACUGCUCGUUGGAGACUGUCAGUUUUCCACCUACAUUUACCAUGGGGCCUUCAACGUACAUACACAGCUCGAGCGGCUCAGAACAAAACUCUCUGCAGUACACUAGCAAUGUCGACUCAAGGGCCUGCAGGAUCUUUUCUUCAACUCAAAGCGCAUACUGCGAGAUUUUUGCGAGCUACUGGUAUUCUGACGCCCAGACGAGCACGUCCAAGCAUACAAAACGUCAUACGACGUUGAAGUCUUCAGAAAUCAAUUACCACAAUCUAUUAAUUACGGCAGGCAUUGAGAAGCUCCCAACAGCAGUGACGACGUCGCAGACCCAGAAAAGGACUGCCACCGUCCCCACGGCUACUGCUUUGGCCUCUACCACGGCCGCUGCCUCUUCUCCUAGCCCAAAUUCCCAAUCCCAUCCCUCAAAAGCGUGGGUUGCAGGACCGGUUGUGGGAGCCGUGGUCGGGUGCGGCCUGAUAGCAGCUGUGUUAUACUGGUGUCUCAGGCGAAAGAGACAGAAAGUGCCAUCGGCUGAUUCUGGGCCAAUAAUCCAGGAUCCUUCAGAAGAAAUCAGGGGACUCGGCAGCCCUAUUAAGUCUGCAUACAAAGCGUGUAUGCCAGCAGAAACUCAAGGAACCCCUGUAUCCGAACUUCCAGCGGAUGAGCCUUCAUGCGUUCAACAUACUAUCUAGUCUUUCUCGGGGUCUUUGAGAACAGCAAUGGACAAAGCGUGAAUAUUGCAGUGGGCGAGAUUCGUGCUCGAGCAGUUCUGUUAGUCCAAAGUUAUGCCGAGCCUGUUAGUGUGGUCCCGGUAUCAGUAAGAACUGUGGAGAAUAUGCAUUAUCACUGACAAUGGUGUGGGUCUUUUCCUAUAUCUAACAAUCUUAAAUUGAG